UGUGCUGGAGGUGGAGUCACAACCCCACAUUGCUAUCCAGUGGGUUUGGGCUGAGGAUGUAGUGAGACCUCUGCUGCCUGUAUUCCCUUCCUGAGCUGCUGAAGACUGGAGAGUCUCUCUCUCUUUCCUCUCCUCUCCCCACCCCUCCUCUUCCUCCCCCUUCCAGCCUCCCACUUGUGCUGCAUGCAGACCCUAGUUCUGCUGCUGCACCUCUGCAGAGACAGGAGGGAGGGGAUCCAGGGCGUGCAUCAUUACAAUGUAUUUUAUUUAUUAUUAGAGGAUCUGGAACCCUGAAGCUUGAACCCAAGGGCUUCCCAUUUUGGAAUACUGCCAUUAUUUAUUUGCUCCUGUUGUUUAAUUUUUUUGUAUUUUAUUUACAUUUUUUUCCCAAAUGGCUCUACCACGUCUUGGAAUCUGGAUAGCCCUAUUGCUGUAGGAAUACCAUUUGGAUUGCUUCUUUAUUCUGAAACAGGAGAAAAAGGAUUACAUAGAUAUACAUAUAUUUUUGGUAGAAAAUGGAGAAUGAUAUAUUUGCUCCAGUCCUGGAAAAUUUCAUGUGCAGCCCUCUGGUGAGCUGGAUCAAGACUUUCGGAGCCUUGGUGAAGGGAAAUGGGACCCUGCUGGAUGAAUAUGUGGCUUUAGUGGACGGUGUGUUUCUGAAUGAGGUCAUGUUUCAAAUAAAUCCCAAAGCUGAUAAUCAAAGACUAUACCGAAAGAUCAACAAUGAUGCCUCCCUUCGAAUACAAAACUUGUCCGUUCUGGUAAAACAAAUCAAGUCUUACUAUCAGGAAUCUUUGCAACAGUUGGUUAUGAUGAAUUUGCCGAAUGUUUUGAUACUUGGGAAAACGCCAUUUUCUGAGCAAUGUACUGAAGAGAUGAGGAAAAUGCUACUUCUUUUGUUGGGCUGUGCAGUUCAGUGCGAAAGGAAAGAAGAAUUUAUUGAUAAAAUACAAGAUUUGGAUUUCGAUACGAAAGCAGCUGUCGCAGCUCACAUCCAAGAGGUCACCCACAAUCCGGAGAACGUGCUGGACCUGCAGUUACUGGAGCCGGCUGAUCUAUCCCCGGAUGAUCUGGAAUCUCUAUUGAAGAGUACGGCCUUCCACUUAAAGAGGCUGGUGGACGAGCGAGACGAACAGUCCGAGACAAUUAUCGAGCUGACAGAGGAGAGGGACUCUCUCCACUUCACACCUCUGCCUGUAUCAGCCCAGUCUCCCUCCGGAUCCCCGGGCAUGAGGCGAACAGAGAGCAGACAGCACCUGUCAGUGGAGCUGGCAGACGCCAAGGCAAAAAUCAGACGCCUCCGACAGGAGCUGGAAGAAAAGACUGAACAAUUUUUGGAUAGCAAACAAGAGGUAGCACAGCUGGAGGCCGAGCUGAAGAGGCUGCAGCAGGAGAACAUGAAUCUGCUGGCGGACGCUAGGUCUGCCCGGGUGUACAGAGAUGAGCUGGAUGCGCUCAGGGAAAAGGCGAUCAGAGUUGACAAGCUUGAAAGUGAAGUCAGCCGGUACAAGGAGCGCAUGCAUGACAUUGAGUUCUACAAGGCCAGGGUAGAGGAAUUAAAAGAAGACAAUCAGGUUCUUCUGGAAACAAAAACCAUGUUGGAAGACCAGCUGGAAGGAGUGCGAACCCGGUCUGAUAAACUGCACGAGCUGGAGAAAGAGAAUCUGCAACUGAAGGCCAAAUUUCACGACGUAGAGACGGAACGGGACCUGGACAGGAAAAGGAUUGAGGAGCUAAUGGAGGAAAACAUGUCCCUAGAAAUGGCCCAGAAACAAAGUAUGGAUGAAUCACUACACCUGGGCUGGGAGCUGGAACAGCUGUCUAAGACCAGUGAUCUACCUGAAACGCCACAGAAAUCUCUGGGACAUGAAGUGAAUGAGCUGACCUCUAGCCGGCUGCUGAAGCUCGAGAUGGAAAACCAAACUUUGCAGACUACAGUGGAAGAGCUGAGGAAUGCUAUGGGCUCCACUGAGGGGGCCAGUGCCAAAAUCCUGAAAAUGGAAAAAGAAAACCAAAGACUUAGUAAAAAGCUUGAAAACUUAGAAGCUGAAUUAAAUCUUGAGAGACAGAGUGUAGAAGGCGGCCAACGUCUUAGCGACGACCUUAUGAAGGAGAAGUCACAGCUGGAGAAGAUCAUCGAGACUCUGCGGGAGAACUCGGAGAGACAGAUCAAAGGUCUUGAGCAAGAAAAUGAACACUUGAACCAAACAAUAACUUCCUUGAGACAGCGCUCACAGAUCGGAGCUGAAGCCAGAGUGAAGGACAUAGAGAAGGAGAAUAAGAUCCUGCACGAGUCCAUAAAGGAGACAAGUAGUAAAUUGAACAAGAUGGAAUUUGAGAAGAAACAGCUAAAGAAAGAACUGGAACACUUCAGAGAAAAAGGAGAGCGAGCGGAAGAACUGGAAAAGGAUCUGCACCGAAUGGAGAAAGAAAAUGAACAGUUGCAGAAAAAGAUGACAAAUUUGAAUAUAAUCUGUGAAAAGGCAGAGUCCUUGGAGCAAGAAAAUGUAGGGUUAGAAAUAGAGAACCGAAAACUGAAGAAGACGCUGGAUGGCCUGAAAAAUCUCAAGUACCAGAUGGAGUCAUUGGAGAAGGAGAACACCCAACUUGAAGAUGAGAACUUGGACCUACGGAGAAUGAUUGAGUCACUCAAAAGCACAAAUAUCAAAAUGGCCCAGCUGGAGCUGGAGAACAAGGAACUGGAAAAUGAGAAGCAGCAACUGAGAAAAGGCAUGGACCUCAUGAGAGCUUCUUGCAAGAAAACAGAGCGUCUAGAAGUCAGCUACCAAGGACUGGACACAGAGAACCAAAGGCUGCAGAAGGCUCUGGAGAACAGCAAUAAGAAAAUCCAACAACUUGAAAAUGAACUGCAAGACCUGGAGACAGAAAAUCAGACCUUGCAGAAGAACUUGGAAGAGCUGAAGAUCUCCAGUAAGCGACUUGAGCAGUUAGAGAAGGAGACUAAGCUGCUGGAGCAGGAGACAUGCCAACUAGAAAAGGACAAGAAGCAGCUGGAGAAGGAGAACAAGAGGUUGCGCCAACAGGCUGAAAUUAAAGACAUCACACUGGAGGAUAACAAUGUGAGGAUCUCCAAUUUAGAGAGAGAAAAUAAGUUACUUACCAAGGAGACAAGUGCAUUUAAAGAGUCCUGUGCCAGGGUGAAAGAACUAGAAAAGGAAAACAAGGAGCUUGUGAAGAGGACAACGAUUGACAAGAAGACACUAAUCACCCUAAGAGAGGACUUGGUGAGUGAGAAGCUGAAGAUGCAACAAAACAACAAUGAACUGGAAAAAUUAACCCAUGAACUGGAAAAGAUUGGGCUAAAUAAAGAACGUCUCUUACACGAUGAGCAAACCAGUGAUGAUAGCAGAUACAAGCUUCUGGAGUCGAAAUUAGAGUCCACAUUAAAGAAGUCUCUUGAAAUUAAAGAAGAAAAAAUUGCUUCUCUGGAGGCUCGCCUGGAAGAAUCGACUAAUUUCAAUCAACAGCUUCGCCAGGAACUGAAAACUGUGAAAAAAAAUUACGAAGCUCUUAAGCAGAGGCAGGAGGAAGAGCGACUGGUGCAGAGCUCCCCUCCCAGGCCGGGAGAUGACAAUGUACCUGUGAGUAAGUGGGAGAGGGAGAGUCAGGAGACCACCAGGGAGCUGCUGAAGAUCAAGGACCGCUUGAUAGAAAUAGAGAGAAAUAAUGCUACUCUGCAGGCAGAAAAGCAAGCGCUAAAAACGCAGCUCAAACAACUGGAAUCGCAAAAUGACAACUUACAAGCACAAAUCCUCACCCUUCAGAAACAAACCGUUUCACUUCAGGAGCAAAACACAACUCUACAGACACAAAACGCCAAACUGCAGGUUGAAAACUCCACUCUGAACUCACAGAGCACCUCACUAAUGAACCAAAACUCCCAGCUCCUCCUUCAGCAGUCCAGCCUGGAAACGGAGAAUGAGUCUCUGGUGAAAGAGCGAGAGGAGCUUAAAUCAAUGUAUGAGUUACUGGUGAAAGACCAUGAGAAACUGGCGCAGGUCCACGAACGCCAAGCUGGGGAGUAUGAGUCCCUCAUCUCUAAACAUGGCUGCCUGAAGUCCGUGCAUAAAAACCUGGAGGUGGAGCACAAGGAUCUUGAAGACAGAUACAACCAGUUGCUGAAACAAAAAGUGCAGCUAGAGGACCUGGAAAAGGCCCUUAAGGAGGAGCAGGGAAAAAUGUUUCAGGAAAACAAACAGCACGAAAUGUUAUCUUCAGACUAUCAGAGACUCACUGAGGAGCACGAGAGACUAAACCACACAUACAGGCAAUUGUUGCGGGAGAAUGAAAGUCUGCAAAGCGAUCAUAAAAACAUGAAGAGUUCCCUGAACAAUGGAAAACUGGAGCAGACGCGACUGGAAGCCGAAUUCUCUAAACUAAAAGAGCAGUAUCAGCAGCUAGAUAUCACGUCCACAAAGCUCAAUAACCAGUGUGAGCUUUUAAGUCAGCUGAAAGGAAACUUAGAAGAGGAGAACAGACACUUAUUAGACCAAAUACAGACAUUAAUGUUGCAAAACAGAACUUUGUUGGAGCAAAAUAUGGAAAGCAAAGACCUCUUCCAUGUUGAACAGAGACAGUACAUAGAUAAAUUAAAUGAGCUGAGACGCCAGAAAGAAAAGCUUGAAGAGAAGAUUAUGGAUCAGUACAAGUUCUACGAACCGUCUCCUCCAAGAAGUUCUCUGCCCUCAAGGAGAGGUAACUGGAUAACCUUAAAGAUGAGAAAGCUGAUCAAAUCCAAGAAGGAUGUAAACCGGGAACGUCUGCGCUCGCUCACGCCUUCCCGAUCGGAGUCCAGCGAGGGGUUUCUGCAGCUGCCUCCGCAGGACAGCCAGGAUAGUUCAUCCAUUGGCUCCAAUUCCCUUGAGGAUGGGCACCCACUCGGGGCCAAAAAGAGCAGCACACUGAAAAGACUGCCCUUUAUGAGGAACAGACCGAAGGAUAAAGACAAAAUGAAGGCCCUCUACCGCCGCUCUGUGUCCAUGAAUGACCUGGUCCAGUCUAUGGUCCUGGCAGGCGGAGAGUGGACAGGUAGUGCUGAGAACCUGGAGGGUCCUGGUGACAAUCCUACUGGCAAAAGGAGGAAAGAUUUGGGAACUAUGGCCUUCUCCACAACCGCAAUCAACUUUUCAACAGUCAACCUGUCUACGGCCAACAGAACCAAGCUGAUACCUAAAAGUAAAGAUGGAACUUCAUAUGAAGACGUUAGUGGGCGUGGCAUCAGUGAUGAUUCCUAUACGGUUACUGCUGUUACUGCUCCCAGGCCAGCCAGCCUUGAUAGUGGCAGGACCUCCUGUAGUAAUAGUAAUAAUAAUGCCUCACUCCAUGAAGGGACAGGUCAGGUGACCAACCAGAGUAGGUCUCAGAGCCACAGCAGUGGAGAUUUCAUCCUGCACCAUGAUAAUGAAGUGUGGUCCAGCAGCAGUAGUCCAGUCCAGUAUUUUGGUAAUCGAUUGAAAAAGAAUGCUGUAUCCAGCCCCAUGCUGAGACUGAAAUCAUGCGAUGGGGCGGAAAGCCUGACCCAGACAAAGAGGAGGCUCGGGUCACCAGGGAGUGAGAUGGUGUCUCUCAAACAGUUUUUAGAAGAAAGCAACAAGCUGACUGUGAGCCAGAUUCGGUCUGGGAGCCAGGAGAACCUACUAGAUGAAGUCAUGAAAAGCCUGUCUGGCUCUGCUGAAUUAGCAGGAUUACAGUCCCCAAUGCAGCUGUCCCCUGCCCUAUCCGUAGGUGACAGAAAGACUGCAAAACCAGAGCACUGUGUGCGGCCAUACUCUCAGAAAGCAGAGGAAAAUACUCGAUUCCCAUUCCCUGUAGUAACAAGCUGUCAGUCUUCGGGAGGAAGCCUUACUGUAGGUCAGGAGACUGCAUGCCCCCAGCGGCAGGUGAAAGAUUCCAGCCAAUAUGCAACCUUGCCCCGUGCUAGCAGUGUGAUCUCUACCGCUGAGGGGUCCAGCCGAAGGACAAGUAUUCAUGAUUUUUUAUCCAAAGACAAUAGGUCACCUGUAUCAGUUGAUCCAUCACCUACGAGCGAAGAUGCCCCAUCAUUAUUGAAUGUGGAGGCAGCGCCAGAAAUCAGGCUUUCAAAAAGCAGGUCUAGGGAGCAACAAAUCCCUUAAUUUAGUCACCCUGUUCAAGUGAUAUCCUAAGUGAGCGAAAAGUGUCCUUCAGUCUGUCAUUGAAAAGUUUUUAUUUCUGAAGUAACCAGACCAUCCGCCAAGUGAUUCCUUUAACAGAGAACUUUAGUUGCAAGUGUUCAGCAGUAGCGCUGGAGAUGACUGACAACGUUCCUUCCUUGAAUCAAGGAGUUCUUUUUGGAGUGAAAAUAAAUACCCCUUCCCCCCCCCCCCCCCCAAAUCCUAGAGGAGUAAUAAGCGUUCCCUGAACUUUGCAUUGUGGUAAUAUUCUCCUGUCCUGUUUGGGAUGGACCUGCAAGCACUCUUGGAAGUAAACUGACUUUGUGAAUGAACCCAAUCCUCAGACUGCUGAUGACUUCCAGACAUUGCAUCAGUUUCUGUUUUACUCCCGGAAGAAAUAGAGGCUUUUUAUUGUUUUUGUCCCUGCAGAACACAAGCUUCCUGAUUAAAUCACUGCCUCACGUGUUUCCUAUUGAUUGCAUGGUGAUGCAUCUUCCAAGCAUUCAGCAGCAUGGCUUACAUGCCGAAUGCACAAGUUAUGUGUAAUUAGCACCACAGACACGCACACAGGCUUUGGGGAUACUCUGCACCUUUUCUUUGCUGUAGGGUACCCACAUAUAUUUGGGUACAGUGCUAAUAAUAUUGUGGAUUUUUUUUGUAUUCUGUCCUCUGCAAACAGAGGCUGCCAUACAGUGCCAUAAUUAUUGGGCAGGCAUUGCCUCAAGUAGUAUGCUUAUAAGGCGCUAUAAAUACUGCGUAACAGGAUAUUGUGUUUUUAAUCUUGUAGUCCUUUGAAAUUAGCGAUGAUGGACAAUUUUACUGCACUGAAUACUGUUGGAGGAUGAGCAAAAGGAUUAUUAUUAUGUAUGUUUGUCCGUCAACCCCGUUUCCUAAUCACGGAAUCAGCCGACAGUGAAUUAUUCAAGCAAAAAAAGAAUUUUUUAUAUAUAUAUUGACAAUGCCACAUUUUAAUAGGGUUGACGUUUUUUUUUUUUUUUGUGUUGCCAGUGGGUAAUGAUUGCUGGCUGUGAUGGGGUUAAAGGGAAGCGUGACUGUGUUGGAUGCGUGUGGAAUUUUUUUUUUCCAUACAUGUAUUGUUUCUGUUGCAACGAGAGAAUCUCUGCCCUCCGCCCCAUUCUAAUUUAAACAAUUGUCUUAAUAUAAUUAUUUUCACUUGUAUUUGAUUAAUAUUCUUUUAUGCUACAUAACGACGUUUAACACACAUGGGAUGUUUCUGUUUUCUCGUUCUGUGUUAUUAAACCAUUUUGCUAUAUA